AUGUAUUUCGACGGUCUGCGCGUGCCCCUUGAUGGAGAGUUCGGAAUCUCCAAAGGAAAUCUAUUCUCGUGGGUGCCCGCCAGGGAUUUGAGGCCCUUCGACUCCGACGACCGACCCCGAAUGCCGGACCGUCCAUGGCUUCGGAGCCGCCCAGGCUUUCUGUCAGAGGAUGAAGAACAUGGCGGGAGCGGGGAGUUACGGGAGCCACGCUAUGCUAGUGAUCAAUAUGUACAAUACAACCACCGGGCCCAAGACACGCAUGGACCUACGCCGCUAGCAGCAUCCAAUCCUCGAGCACAGCUGGUUGAUCUCUCUGCCAUGCCGGAAUCGAACAACACGUCGAACCCUGAAGGAUUGGAUCCCGAGGAUCCUGGCGUCUGCUACUCGGUUGAUCAUGAGACAGGGAAUUGUAUCGAGUCUACCCACGAUGGCCAUGCUCAUGAGACGUACCAGCUGGAUGGAAUUGGAGAAACCCCGACCGGCCUCAGGCGCCAGUCCCAGCCGCGGCCGUUCAAGCUACAUCAGGCCGAGAUCCAGAAUUUCAUGCUCAUUUCGGAGCCGCCCGACCAUCAUCGUCAGUAUCUGUCCAGCCGUCAGCACCCCUGUUUUCUCCAGCUCACGCACGGGUCCCCCUACCGCCGCUAA